AAUUACGUGCGCUGACAUCAAUGACCUGGCGGGGGAACCCUAGUCGGGAGGGACAGAUAUUAGACAACUGAAAAAAAUGGUCAUCAAAUUAUCCGCCCCCUUGGGUAGUGGCUGACUACAAAGCUUCAACACAGCAGAAUAAUAGAUUGAGGUUAGCGAGGCGAGAUGGAAUUCCAUUUGUGAUUUGGUUUUCGGGGUUUCUAUAAUAAACAGAAAUUCAAUGCACGUUUUUUUUGCAUUGAUGCUCCCGAAUACAAUCAUUCUUUUAUUUGUGUCACAUUAAUAUUUCCUGAAGCGAAGCGAACAGAGUGAACACUAUCUUCAGAAGGCAACCGGAGCUGAAGGGGAAUUUAUAUGUAAGUCAUGGGACGUGGUAGCAUUCAGAGAACAAAAAGGAACGAGGGCUAGGUAUAGUUUGGACAGGAUAGUUCUGUGAAUGUGUGUGUUGUUUUUUUUCCGAACAACUCUUCUAUGUUGCAUGUCUCCGGAAUAUGUUUGAUGACCGACGUCUCUGCCUACAAUGGUUCGAUGGACUGUAGAGUAAACCAAUGUGCCACUGAUUCUUCAAUUAAUAUCUCGUUUUUAUAAUUGCCAAUAGUGUCCGGAAUUUAAUGGCAUGUUUGCGGAGUAUUAUUCCUGCAUUACCUCCAUGGGAAACGGACUACAUCGUCACACGUGACAAUUUAUGGUUUAGUCUAUCAACAAUAGAAAAUAAAUAAAUGGAACAGAGCUGAAUGGAAUAUCAUCAGAUUUAAAAUGCCAAAGUCCUGUUAGGAUUAGGUUUGUCUAUUGUUUUUGCAGCAGUCCAUAAUGUAGGCCUAUAUGUACAAUGCUAUUCUCACCUACCACUCUAAUCGGAUCUCACUUAAUUGCUUCACAGGACGAUUACCUCCGAUGGUCAUGGACAGGAGUUUUUUAUAUUCUCCAUUGAGACUAAUUUCAACAAUUUGAAAAGGAAACCAUUACCACUGACAUUUUUUGGCAUCUCUACAGUCAAAGCAAAAACCAACAGCAUAGGUCUUCAGAAUCCACCUUUUUUUGGAAUCAAGACCAAACUCUUUGUCAUAAAGUCAACGGUCAGAGAAGAAUUUCAGAAUCAAUUUCUGCAGUACGCAUCACAGAUAAUCCUUAUGUAGGACGAGACUAAUUUGAACAUAGACAGAUUUGACAGACACCAUCAUCACCACUGAAGGUCUUUUACUUUGGCAUAUCAGCAGUCAAAGCCAAAACCAAUAUCUCACGUCUUCCCUUUGUACUUAAAAGAGUCAAGACCAAACUCUCUGUCACAAACUUAGUCAUAUAAGAACUUCAGAAUCAAUAUCUGCAGUGAGCAUCAAAACCCUCCAUCACAAAGCCACCCUCUUUAAACCCCUUCGUUGAUCUGGAUAAAUAACUCAUUUGGUAGCAGAUGACGGAUAUCUACAACCAUGCCACUCUAUGAUUAUUCAAGUUACGACGAAGGUGUAGAGCAGGACACCAUCACCGUCUGCAACAUGACAUUUAACAUUGAACCUGGAGAGUACAUCCUGCAUGACUACGCUCCUCGUGUCAUAUUAGCUCUUUUUGUCCUUGCCAUUUUCCUGGUCGGAACCCUUGGAAACCUGUUUGUCAUUGUUGCCGUCAUCUUAUCCAAACGUUUACAAACUACUACAAAUGUUUUCAUUGUAAACCUGGCUGUCUCUGACUUCUUGACAGCAUUGUUCUUACCCGUUCAUGCUUCCACGCUUUUAAGUAAAUCAAGUUGCUAUAUUCCUGAUCUACUCUGCAAGUUUGUGGCAGCAGCCACCUUGACAACCCUCGGGUGCAGCGUUGUCACUUUGGCUGCAAUCGCCUUUCAUCGCUUCACUGUCCUUUAUGGCAUCAUGAAACCUAAACCCAAAUUCAACAAUGUAUUUCGCACCCGCAAUAUCUUGAUCAUGGUUUUAUUCACGUGGCUCUACCCCAUCGUUCUCAUGUUCAUCAUACUUCCUCUAAAUGUUGGAUCCUUGGGUUAUGCUCUCCAGUACAAGGUGUGUGCACAGAACACUGAAAAUGACAAUUCAGACUUCUUGACCCUUGCAGUAUGUCUCCUUGUUCAGUUUCCUGCCUUUGUCGUCAUCAUUGUUUGUUAUAUCAACAUCUUCAAAAUGCUAAGACGUCAUCAACACGAGAUGAACGCUAUCAUGACUCCUUCGGUCAGGAAUGAGAACAAGAAGAGUGAGGUCAGAAUAACGAUCACUGAUGAUUCGUCAAAGGAACAAUCAGAUGCUGCAUCAAUUGGUAUCGUCAAUCCUGGUUUUGAUGAAAGCGAUGGCUUCAAAUCUGCACCUGCUGCAGAUCAGGAAGUCUUAAAGGAACCUUCAGAUGCUGAUCAUAAUGAUGACAACCAACCGGGAAACGGUGAACAUUCAAUAAUACCUUGUGAACCUACAGAUCAAGACAGCUCAAUGUUUAGAGAGAUACCCCCUUCAGGUAGGACGGAAAACAAUACUCAAACCCUCACUUGUGAUAACCUCGCAACAGAACAACAGAAACUUCGCUUCAAGCUGCAACGCAAGCUAACCAUCAAUAUAUUCAUCAUCAUUUGUGUGUAUACCCUAUGCGUAAUGCCACCAGCUGUAAUAUAUCUCAUACCUAGCAGUGAUCCAGCUGUUCCUUGGUUUACAAUUCUGUUCCUCUGUAAUGUUUGUGUCAAUCCCAUCAUAUAUGCUUUGAGGCAUCCUACCUUUAGGGAGGUCCUCAUUUGCAUGGUUAAAUGCAGGUACAUAGACAUUCCUGAACAGUCAUCAUUCUUGAUAUACCUGCGCUAUUCUAUGAGCAACAAGAGAAAUUAACCUCAUCCUUUUAGCAAGAGACAAUAAUAACAUCUCUUGGAAACUGUACAUGCAUGCAGUGGUGUUCAAAACUUGGUGAAACCCACCAGAAAAUUUAACAUAUUUGAAGUGUUAAAGUUCUGCCAUGUUUUAGAUAUUUAAAUGUGAAGUCAGGUGAUAAAAUAUCACAUUCUACAAAGUUUGUUUCUCUGGGCUCGCCAAACAUUGUAGUGUUGUUGUCUACAUUCAAGACUCAUCAUGAAGGAGUUCAUUUCGUGGUGGGGUUCACUAUCUUUUAAGCACAACUGUAUAUAUUAAGAAGUGAUAUUGGUACUUAGUACUCGGGGGGGGGGGGGGGUGUUUCACAAAGAUUUGAAUAUGACUUGAGAGUAAUUCCUAAUCACCGCAUUGGUCAGAUCAUGCCAAGAGGACACUCAGUACAACUGUGUAUUGAUCAAUAAGAUUGCGCAUUGCAUGUACGUGUCAUGCGACUCUAAGUCAUACUUAAAUCUUUGUGAAACACCCCCCUGGGCCCUGUUACACAAAACUUAGCGAUUAAUCAUGUGACUGAUUGCCAUGAUUGAUUCAAUUGCAUCGAUUAUUGUGUAUGAUCAAUUAUAAAUUUCAGUGGCAUGAUCAAUUCAACACUAAGUUUUAUGUUGUGGUCCAUGGUAUUCAACUGUUGCAAAUAAAAAUCAACGUCUAGUACGAAAAAAGGGAAUGUGUAAACAUAAAUGUUAUCAGUUUAUGCAUUUAUUUUUACAGUAUCUAUUUACUCUCUCAUACUUAGCAAAUUAUAUCACAUGAGUGAAUGUAUGUACACAUGGUUUGAGAUAGGAAUACAGGGUCUCUGCUCUUUGUCAAAAUCAACUAGCACCACAUGUUCUUUUUAAAUUUGACAGUUUAUGAGAUCAAAAUAUCUGAGCAUUUCAAAACCAAUUUCUAGAGGUACCUAUCUUCCACCAUGGAUAUUUUUAAAAUCAGUUACUAGCAUAGUGACCUUAUGACUUUACCAUUAUGAAUCGAUGGCCAGAUUGAUUGAGGUUUAUCAACACUACCAAUACAAUGUGUCAUGUAAUUGUCUGAAUAACAGUCUGCAAAGUUAUGUUAAAUAAAUGGUAGCAUUUGUUUUCUUACUGUGUAUCGAAGCAAGAGGUGGAAUAUAAAGUUUAUUGGUCACUAGAAACUCAUUCCACUCAAGGUAAUAAUGGACAAUACCUGUUUAUACUAGGUGUACACCUACAUGUAAUAGCUUUAAUCCUCUCUUUUUCUGUCUUUUUUCCUAUUAAGCGCAUAGAGAUGCCCAUGGGUAGUGAUAUGUGCUAUACAAGCAAUGUCGUAUUAUUAUUAUUUCAUUAUGAUUCCAACUCUCCAAUGAAAGCAAAUGAUAGUAAGACUAUCAGUUAAUGAACAGAUUCAUACAUGGGGCUAGGUUUAUACAAGAAAUCAUGGUAACCAUCCCAUUAUCAUUCAACAAUGACAAUUAUGUUUCAUCCAAUAUACAUGUGCAGUAGAUAAAUGAAUGGGUCAUUGGGACGACAAUAUAUUUGAUUUCAUGAAUUAUAUAUAGCACAUUAUCAUAGAGAAAUCAUGGUUACCCUUUCCAUUAUCAUUCAUUAUUUGUGAUUUCUUUUCCAAUAUUGUGUGUACAUGUACAGUGGAAACUGUAUGAGGUAAUUCGAACUUAAACUAAAUAUAAUUUCAUCAAUAUCGUAA